CUGUUAUGACACAGCCAUCACACGCAUACUGCAUACACAACGCAGAGCAUCAGAAGCAGCUGCGAUCUGAUCGACAUGGCUGCCGCCACCAUGGCUAUCACCUCCCGCGCGCUCGUCGGCAAGCCGGCGGCUGGCACGAGGGACGUCUUCGGCGAGGGCCGCAUCACCAUGCGCAAGACCGCCGCCAAGCCCAAGCCGGCGGCGUCCGGCAGCCCAUGGUACGGUGCCGACCGCGUCCUGUACCUGGGCCCGCUGUCCGGCUCGCCCCCGAGCUACCUGACCGGCGAGUUCCCCGGCGACUACGGGUGGGACACCGCGGGGCUGUCGGCGGACCCGGAGACCUUCGCCAAGAACCGCGAGCUGGAGGUGAUCCACUGCCGCUGGGCCAUGCUCGGCGCGCUCGGGUGCGUGUUCCCGGAGCUGCUCGCCCGCAACGGCGUCAAGUUCGGCGAGGCGGUGUGGUUCAAGGCGGGCUCCCAGAUCUUCAGCGAGGGCGGGCUGGACUACCUCGGCAACCCGAGCCUGGUCCACGCGCAGAGCAUCCUGGCCAUCUGGGCGUGCCAGGUGGUGCUCAUGGGCGCCGUCGAGGGGUACCGCGUCGCCGGCGGCCCGCUCGGGGAGGUGGUCGACCCGCUGUACCCUGGCGGCAGCUUCGACCCGCUCGGGCUCGCCGACGACCCGGAGGCGUUCGCCGAGCUCAAGGUGAAGGAGAUCAAGAACGGCCGCCUCGCCAUGUUCUCCAUGUUCGGCUUCUUCGUGCAGGCUAUCGUCACCGGCAAGGGCCCCCUCGAGAACCUCGCCGACCACAUCGCCGACCCCGUCAACAACAACGCCUGGGCUUACGCCACCAACUUCGUCCCCGGCAAGUGAGCGAGGGCAUGAUGCUUGCAUGCGUGUACCGUAGACGUACCGUAUUCCUACGUACUGCAGGUUGCACCAGUAUUUGUGAAGGGAGCUGUGCGUGGGAGCCAGAGAUUGUACCGCUAGUGUAUUUUUGUAUGCACGCCGUGGAGCUGAUCAAUGAAAUAUGCUGUAAAUAUAUUAUGUCUUCAUUUAUGCAUACUGUACAUGAUUGUUCUCA